AUGCUGGAGCCUCUCCUAUGCCUGGACAGGCGCUGGUGUGAGCAGACAGAGACCAUCCUUGUGGAAGAGGAAGUAACUCCUCGUCAGGAGGACCUGGUACCCUGCACCAGUUUGUACCAUUAUAGCCAGCUAGGCUGGCGGCUGGACCUGCCCUGGAGUGGCCGUGCAGGGCUCACUGGGCCCCCAGCACCUGGGCUCUGUGCCAUCUACAAACCCCCGGAAACCCGGCCUGCUACUUGGAACCGGACGGUGAGGGCUUGCUGUCCAGGAUGGGGGGGUGCUCACUGCGCAGAUGCCCUUGCCGAAGCCAGCCCUAAAGGCCAGUGCUUUGUCACAUGGCAGUGCCAACCUCUAGCAGGCUCAGCUAAUUCUACGGCAGGAAGCCUGGAGGAAUGCUGUGCCCAACCCUGGGGGCACAGCUGGUGGGACAGCAAAUCCCAGAUGUGUCUCAGCUGUUCUGGUCAGCACCUUCCAGGCAAUGCUUCCUCUGAAGCCCUCCUGCAGCCCCUGGCAGGGGCUGUAGGCCAGCUCUGGAGCCAGCGCCAGCGUCCCUUGGCCACCUGUUUCACCUGGUCCGGCUUCCACUACCAAACCUUUGACGGCCGUCACUACCACUUCCUGGGCCAAUGCACCUACUUGCUAGCUGGUGCUAUGGAUUCCACCUGGGCUGUCCACCUCAGGCCUAGGGUCCACUGUAGCCAACCUGGACACUGCGGGCUGGUUCAGGUAAUGAUGGGUCCUGAGGAGGUGUUGAUUAAACAUGGAGAGGUCUCUGUGAAUGGCCAACCAGUGCCUGUUGGGGAGCCUCGGCUGCUCCACGGGCUGAGCCUGCAGUGGCAGGGGGACUGGCUGGUGCUCUCCGGGGGACUGGGGGUUGUUGUGAGACUGGACAGGUCCAGUUCCAUCUCCAUCUCCGUGGACUAUGAAUUCUGGGGACAGACGCAGGGCCUCUGUGGGCUUUACAAUGGCCGGCCAGAGGAUGACUUUGUGGAGCCAGGAGGGGGGCUGGCUAUGCUGGCUUCCACCUUUGGGAACUCAUGGAAGCUCCCUGGCUCUGAGCCUGGGUGUCUGGAUGCAGUGGAGGUGGCCCGGGGCUGUGAGGGCCUCCUGGAAGGCACACAGGCCGGCUUGGAAGCUGGCAAGCUUCAAGCUCAAGCUCAGGACGUGUGCCACCAACUACUGGAGGAUCCAUUCUGGCAGUGUCACGGACAGGUUCCCCCAGAUGAGUACCAUGAGACCUGCCUCUUCGCCUACUGUGUUGGAGCCGCAGCAGGCAGUGGCCCAGAGGGGCAACUGGAAGCUGUAUGUGCCACCUUUGCCAACUAUGCCCAGGCCUGUGCCAGGCAGGACAUCUAUGUGCACUGGAGGAAGCCUGGCUUCUGUGAACACCCGUGUCCAGGGGGCCAGCUCUACUCUGAUUGUGUCUCAUCCUGCCCACCCAGCUGCUCAGCAGUAGCCCAGGGCGAGGAGGGGCCUUGUGGGAAAGAAUGUGUGAGUGGCUGUGAGUGUCCGACAGGCCUCUUCUGGGAUGGUGCCCUCUGUGUGCCUGCUGCCCGCUGCCCCUGCUACCACCGGCGCCAGCGCUACGCCCCUGGUGACACCGUGAACCAGCAGUGCAACCCUUGUGUGUGUCAGGAUGGCCGCUGGCACUGUGCCCAGGCCCUGUGCCCUGCUGAGUGUGCAGUGGGCGGUGAUGGGCAUUACAUCACCUUUGAUGGGCGGAGCUUCUCCUUCAGGGGCCAUCCAUCCUGCCACUACAGCCUGGUGCAGGACUCUGGGAAAGGCCAGCUGCUGGUUGUGUUGGAACAUGGGUCCUGUGACACUGGAAGCUGCCUUCAUGCCCUCUCUGUCUUCCUGGGGAACACCCACAUUCAGCUCAGAUCCUCAGGAGCAGUGCUGGUGGACGGGCGGGAUGUGGACUUGCCCUGGAUCGCUGCUGAGGGCUUCAAUGUUUCCCACGCCUCUUCUACGUUCUUGCUGUUGCGCUGGCCCGGGGCCUGGGUUCUCUGGGGAGUGGCUGACCCUGCAGCAUACAUCACCCUGGACCCCCGUCAUGCCUACCAGGUGCAGGGUCUGUGUGGCACCUUCACCUGGAAGCAGCAGGAUGACUUUGUGACACCCGCUGGAGACAUAGAGACCAGUGUCACAGCCUUUGCCAGCAAGUUCCAAGUGUCAGGUGAUGGACGGUGCCCCUUGGCGGACAACACGUCGCUGCCCUCCUGCAGCACCUACUCCCAGCGCCUUACUUUCGCAGAGGCAGCCUGUGCCAUCCUGCACGACCCCACCUUUCAGGCAUGUCAUGGGCUAGUAGACAGGGAACCAUUCCGACUGAGGUGUUUGGAGGCUGUGUGUGGCUGUGCCCCUGGCAGGGACUGCCUGUGCUCCGUGCUCUCUGCCUAUGCACGCUGCUGCGCCCAGGAGGGUGUCCUGCUCCAAUGGAGAAAUGGGACCCUGUGCCCUGUCCUGUGCCCUGGUGGCCAGGAGUACCAGGAGUGUGCCCCAGUGUGUGGUCACCGUUGUGGGGAUCCAGAAGAUUGUAAAGAGCUUGGCAUCUGUGUGGCUGGCUGUAACUGUCCCCCGGGGCUGCUGUGGGACCAUGAGGGCCAGUGUGUCCCGCCCGGCCUGUGCCACUGUCAGCUUGGAGGCCGUCAUCACGCCUUUGGCACCACCGCCACUAUGAAAGGCUGCAACCACUGUGUCUGCCAGGAGAGGGGCCUCUGGAACUGCACAGCCCUCCACUGCCCCCCACAGCGGGCACUCUGCCCCCAGGACCUCAUCUAUGCUCCUGGUGCGUGCCUUCUCACCUGUGACAGCCUCAGUGUCAACUAUUCCUGUCUGGCUGGAAGCACUGACGGCUGUGUCUGUCCCCCGGGCACUGUGCUGCUGGACAAGCGCUGUGUGCCUCCUGAUCUUUGUCCCUGUCGUCACAAUGGGCAAUGGUACCCACCCAACGCUACCAUCCAGGAAGACUGCAGCGUUUGUGUGUGCCGGGGCCAGCGGUGGCAGUGCACAGGUCAGAGGUGCAGCGGAUGGUGCCAGGCAUCUGGCGCCCCCCACUAUGUGACAUUCGAUGGGCUGGGCCUCACCUUUCCUGGGGCCUGCGAGUACCUGCUGGUGAGAGAGGCUGGUGGCCGCUUCAGUGUCUCCAUCCAGAACCUGCCUUGCGGGGCCAGCGGCCUCACGUGUACCAAGGCGUUGGCUGUGCGUCUGGACAGCACUGUCGUGCACAUGCUUAGAGGCCAGGCAGUAACAGUGAAUGGAGUAAGCAUAAAGCUCCCCAAAGUCUACACAGGCCCCGGGCUGAGCCUGCACCACGCUGGCCUCUUCCUGCUGUUGACGACGCGCCUGGGUCUCACGCUGCUCUGGGACGGAGGCACUCGGGUUCUGGUACAGCUGUCCCCCCACUUCCAUGGUCGUGUGUCUGGGCUGUGUGGGAACUUUGAUGGUGAUGCCGGCAAUGACCUGCGGAGCCGCCAAGGAGUCCUGGAGCCCACGGCAGAGCUGGCUGCCCACUCCUGGCGCCUCAACCCACUGUGCCCUGAGCCAGGAGAUCUGCCACACCCCUGUUUGGUGAAUGCCCAUCGGGCGAACUGGGCCCGGGCCCGCUGUGGGGUGAUACUGCAGCCACUCUUUGCCCCAUGCCACACAGAGGUGCCCCCACAGCAGCACUAUGAGUGGUGUGUGUAUGACGCCUGCGGGUGUGACACAGGGGGUGACUGUGAAUGCCUCUGCUCAGCCAUUGCCGCGUAUGCCGAGGAGUGUGCCCGGCACAGACAUCCUGUGCGUUGGCGCAGCCAGGAACUCUGCCCCCUACAGUGUGAAGGAGGUCAGGUAUAUGAAGCCUGUGGUUCUCCAUGUCCCCCCACCUGCCAUGACCAUCAUCCCGAGCCCAGAUGGCACUGCCAGGCUGUUGCUUGUGUGGAAGGCUGCUUCUGCCCCGAGGGGACGCUGCUGCAUGGAGGCGCCUGUGUGGAGCUGGCUGCCUGUCCCUGCGAGUCGGGGGGAGGUUUCUUCCCACCAGGGACUGUGCUGCAAAAGGACUGUGGAAACUGCACGUGUCAGGAAAGUCAGUGGCACUGUGAAGGUGCCGGUGCGCCGUGUGAGGAGACGGAAUCUGGCUGUGCGGAAGGAGAGGCACUGUGCGGAGAGAGUGGGCGCUGCGUGCCACUUGGGUGGCUUUGCGACAACCAGGACGACUGCGGUGACGGUUCAGAUGAGGAGGGCUGUGCCACCUCGGGCUGUGGGGAGGGGCAGAUAGCUUGCCAGUCUGGCCACUGCCUGCCCCUGUCCCUGCUCUGUGAUGGGCAGGAUGACUGUGGAGAUGGCACAGAUGAGCGGGGGUGCCUGUGUCCCCUUGGCUCUCUGGCCUGUGCUGACGGCCGCUGCCUGCCGCCGGCCCUGUUGUGUGAUGGCCACCCUGACUGUCUGGAUGGUGCAGAUGAAGAGUCCUGUCUGGGGCAGGCAAGCUGCAUCUCUGGAGAGGUAUCUUGUGUUGACGGCACGUGCAUUAGGACCACCCAGCUGUGCGAUGGAGUUUGGGACUGCCCAGAUGGAGCUGAUGAGGGACCUGGCUACUGCUCUCUGCCAUCUCUGCCUACUCCCCCCGCUGACAUUGGGCAGAACCCUUCCACCAGCUCCCUGGAUAUGGCACCGAGUCCUACGGGUAGUGCCAGCCCUGCAUUCCCCUGCGGCCUCUUUGAGUUCCGGUGCAGCAGUGGAGAAUGCACGCCUCAGGGCUGGCGCUGUGACCAGGAGGAAGACUGCACAGAUGGCAGUGAUGAGCUGGGCUGUGGGCCCUGCCUGCUGUCCCAGGUGCCCUGUGCCCACAGCCCACACUGCGUGUCUCCGGAACAGUUGUGUGAUGGCGAAACACAGUGCCCUGAUGGUUCAGAUGAGGACCCCAAUGCUUGCGGUUCUACCCAGCUGCCAUCAUGCCAUGGCCUUUUCUCCUGUGCCUUGGCUCCCUGGAGGUGCCUGAACCCCAAGCAACUCUGUGAUGGGAUUCCUGACUGUCCCCAGGGCGAAGAUGAGCUGGACUGUGAGGAGCUGUCAGCCCCAGGAGGCCCUAACAGGACAGGAGUCCCCUGCCCAGAAUUCUCCUGCCCAAAUGGCACCUGCAUUGAUUUCCUGCUGGUUUGCGAUGGGAAUCCAGACUGUGAAUUGGCAGAUGAAGCAGAGCUCUCCCUGGAUGAGCAGGGUUGUGGGGCUUGGGGCUCCUGGGGUCCAUGGGAGCCAUGCAGUCAGACCUGCGGGUCUGGCACACAGGGGCGGAAUCGACACUGCUCUACACCCGAUCUCCCAGUGCUACAGAACUGCCCAGGCCUGCAGCACCAGUCACAGGCCUGCUUCACCGAGGCCUGCCCAGUGGACGGUGAAUGGGGUUCCUGGUCUCCCUGGUCUCCGUGUUCUGAACCCUGUGGGGGCACCAUGAUGCGGCAUCGGCAGUGCCACCCACCUCAGAACGGGGGCAAGGACUGUGCGCUACUGCCUGAGAGCCCUGGUAGCACCCACCAGACCAAUCCCUGUCCCCAGGAAGGCUGCCCCAAUGCCACUUGCUUCGGGCAGUUGGUAUUCAGGCCCUGUGCUCCCUGCCCUUUGACUUGUGAUGACAUUUCUGGUCAGGCUAUGUGCCCACCUGACAGGGCCUGCAGCAGCCCAGGUUGCUGGUGCCCAGAAGGGCAGGUGCUGGGCACUGAGGGGCUGUGUGUGAGGCCCAGUCAAUGCCCCUGCCUGGUGGAUGGUAUCCGUUACUGGCCUGGGCAACGCAUCAAGAUGGGCUGCCAGCUCUGCUUUUGCCAGGAUGGCCGACCACGUCGCUGCAGGCCCAAUCCAGAAUGUGCUGUGGAUUGUGGCUGGUCUUCCUGGUCCCCCUGGGCAGAGUGCCUGGGCCCCUGCAGCAGCGAGAGCCUCCAGUGGUCCUUCCGGAGCCCCAACAACCCACGCCUCUCUGGCCGCGGUCGCCAGUGCCGUGGUAUCCACCGCAAAGCCCGCAGGUGCCAGACGGAGUCUUGUGAGGGCUGUGAGCAGUGGGGCCUCAUGCACCGUGUCGGGGAGCGCUGGCGUGGGGGCCCCUGCGUGGUGUGUGAGUGUCUGCACGGGGCUAUCACACGCUGCUCCCCCUACUGCCCCCUGGGCGGCUGCCCCCAGGGCUGGGUCCUGGUGGAGGGCAUGGGAGAAUCGUGCUGCCACUGUGCGCUGCCUGGAAAGAACCAGACAUCGGUCCCCAUGGCCACUCCUGGCUCCACCCUCAGCCCGGAACCCGGAGCCCCUCUCGUCACCCAUGUCCUGCCUCCCGUGGGAGAUGCCUGCUAUUCUCCCCUGGGCCUGGUCCGACUGCCCAUGAGGGCACCUUCCCAGCACCCGGAACCCACCGCCUGGGCUGCCACCGUGGGAGCUCCCAUGGUGGAGCCUGGCCCUGGAGAGGGUGCUUAUGCUGAGUGGCACACCCAGCCACUCUACCUGCAGCUGGACCUGCUGCAGCCUCGGAACCUAACUGGCAUCAUGGUGCAGCGGGCUGGCUCCUCUGCUGCUUACGUCACCAGCUUGUCCUUCCAGUUCAGCAGUGAUGGCCUACAGUGGCAUGACUAUCUCCACUCUCUGCCUCGUACCCUGCGUCCACCCACGCUUUCCCCGGAGAGCUGGAACCAUACGGCCCCUGAGGUAUGGACAUUCGGCCAGAUGGUACAAGCGAGGUACGUCCGGGUGUGGCCACACAACGGCCACCACAGCAGCAGCGACGAGCGCAGUAUCUUUCUGCGGGUGGAGCUGCUGGGCUGUAAGCCACGUGAAGUGUCCCCAUCGGCACCCCCAUGUCCGGGGACCAGGCACCGCUGUGCCAGCGGUGAGUGUGCCCUGCAGGGUGGACCUUGUGAUGGUACUGCGGACUGUGAGGAUGGCUCUGAUGAGGAGGGCUGCGCGCCCCUUCACGGAGGGACCACUAGCAGAGUCCAUUCCACAGCCAGGACCCAAGCCCUCUCCUCCGCUCAGCCUGGAAAGUUUCCGUCCCAGCCCAGGGAGGUUCCGGCAGACAUGGAGUACCAGCAGCCCGAUCAGGAGUUAUCCAUACCUAGUACAGAGCAAUCCAUGCAGACAGUGACCACCGUCUCCACCCUUCCUCCUGGCGCCAAGAGCCUACACCCAGGAAUGGCUGCUGUGACGGUGCGUCCCCCAUACUCAGUCACGCCAGGAACUCCUGUUGGCCGAAGCGUCACCCCCAGGCCCUUCCCACCCACGCACUGUGACCCUGGGCAGAUGCCCUGUAAUGUGCUGGGCUGUGUGGCACAGGAGCGGCUGUGUGACGGGACGGAGGACUGUCUUGAUGGCUCCGAUGAGCAGCACUGCGCAAGUGCUUGGCCCUUCACUGUGCCCACCACUGCCCUCCCUGGGUUGCCAGCCUCAAGGGCCCUUUGCUCCUCAAGUCAGCUGAGCUGUGGCAGUGGGGAAUGCCUGCCCCGUGAGCAGCGCUGUGACCUGCAACUGAACUGCCAGGAUGGCUCUGAUGAGGACAACUGUGUGGACUGUGUGUUGGCACCUUGGUCUGGCUGGAGCGACUGCAGCCGCAGCUGUGGCCUGGGCCUCAUCUUCCAACGCCGGGAGCUCCUGAGACCUCCUCUGCCUGGAGGCAGCUGUCUGAUGGACCAGCUCCGUAGCCAGUCCUGCUUCGUACAAGCCUGCCCAGUGGCUGGGGCGUGGGCAGAGUGGGGACCCUGGGAGCCCUGCAGUGUCUCCUGUGGAGGUGGCCACCAGAGUCGCCAGAGGAGCUGUGUGGACCCCCCACCCAAGAAUGGUGGUGACCCCUGCCCUGGGCCGUCCCAUGAGAGGGUGCCCUGCAGCUUGCAGCUCUGCCCAGGUGACACAGACUGUGAGCCAGGCCGCGUACAUGUGAGUGCUGAGCUGUGCCAGAAGGGACUCGUACCCCCAUGUCCACCCUCCUGCCUGGACCCUGAAGGCAACAGGAACUGCAGCGGGCACUGUAUGGAAGGAUGCCGCUGCCCUCCUGGGCUCCUCCUCCAGGACUCUCGCUGCUUGCCUCUCUCUGAAUGCCCCUGCCUGGUAGGCCAGGACCUGAGGCAGCCCAGGUUGCCCUUCCUGCUGGACAACUGCAGCCAAUGCACGUGUGAGAAUGGGAUACUGCGGUGUAAGCCAGGGGGCUGCGCCCAGUCCUGUGGCUGGUCUUCCUGGUCCCCUUGGACUCCCUGUGAUCGCUCCUGUGGCUCUGGAGUGAGGGCCAGGUUCAGGUCCCCCUCCAACCCUCCUGUGGCGUUUGGAGGUGCCCCGUGUGAAGGUGACAGGCAGGAGCUGCAGGCCUGCUUCACAGGGUGUGGGACAGAGAUACCAGGCUGGACGCCUUGGAUGUCCUGGUCCUCCUGCUCCCAGAGCUGCCUUGUCCCCGGGGGAGACCCUGGCUGGAGGCAGCGUUCUCGGCUGUGCCCUAGCUCCAGGGAUAUACUCUGUCCUGGAGAAGCCACCCAGGAGGAGCCCUGCAGCCUGCCUGUGUGCCCAGUGCCAAGUGCCUGGGGACUGUGGGCUUCCUGGUCCACCUGCUCAGCCUCCUGCAAUGGCGGCACCCAGACUCGUGGGCGAAGCUGCUCUGGCUUUGCUCUUGGGAACCCUGUGUGCCCGGGACCCCACACUCAGACCAGAGACUGCAACAUGCAUCCGUGCGCAGCCCGGUGCCCAGGAAACAUGGUGUUCCGCUCAGCAGAGCAGUGUCACAAGGAGGGGGGUCCGUGCCCCCAGUUGUGCCUGGCGCAGGACCCCGGGGUGGAGUGCACCGGCUCCUGUGCCCCAGGCUGCAGCUGUCCUCCUGGUCUCUUCCUGCACAAUGCGAGCUGCCUGCCCCGCAGCCGGUGCCCCUGCCAGCUGAAUGGGCAGCUCUAUGCGCCGGGAGCAGCGGCUCGCCUGGACUGCAACAACUGCACCUGCAUCUCUGCUGAAAUGGUGUGCACGUCGGAGCUCUGUCCAGUGGCCUGUGGCUGGAGCCCCUGGACGCCGUGGAGUCCGUGCAGCCGAAGCUGUGACGUGGGUAUUCGACGGCGCUUCAGAGCAGGCUCCGCACCGCCAGCUGCCUUUGGGGGUGCCGAAUGCCAAGGCCCCAACAUAGACGCUGAGUUCUGCAGUUUGAGGCCAUGCCGCGGACCUGGUGCACAGUGGGGUUCCUGGACUCCAUGCUCAGUGCCCUGUGGCGGUGGCUACAGAAACCGCACUCAAGGCGGUGACCCACAUGCCCCCAUCGAGUUCUCUGCCUGCAGCCUGCAGCCCUGUGCAGGACCGGUGCCAGGUGUGUGUCCCAAAGGCCAGCAGUGGCUGGACUGUGCCCAGGGCCCGGCCUCCUGUGCCCAUCUCAGCACGCCUCGAGAGGCUAAUCAGACCUGCCACCCUGGCUGCUACUGCCUCUCUGGAAGGCUCCUGCUGAACGGUGUGUGUGUGCCUGCCCAGGACUGCCCCUGUGUCCACAGGGGGCGGCUUCACCCCCCAGGCAGCGCCUUGGUUUAUCCAUGUGAGAACUGCUCCUGCAUCUCUGGGCUCGUCACCAACUGCAGCUCCUGGCCUUGCGAGGAAGGGCAGCCUGCGUGGUCACCCUGGACCCCAUGGAGUGUGUGCUCAGCCUCCUGCAGCCCUGCCCGACGCCACCGGCACCGCUUCUGUGCCAGGACCCCCAGCAUGGCACCCUUCAGCCUGCCUCUGCUGACCACAGGGGCUGCCCCCACAGCCCUCUGCCCAGGCCCUGAGGCUGAGGAAGAGCCAUGCCUCCUGCCAGGAUGUGACCAAGCAGGCGGCUGGAGUCCUUGGGGCCCCUGGUCGGGCUGUAGUCGGAGCUGUGGAGGAGGCCUGCGGAGCCGGACUCGAGCCUGUGGCCAGCCACCACCCCAAGGCCUCGGGGAUUUCUGUGAGGGACCUCAGGCCCAGGGGGAGGCCUGCCAGGCUCAGCCAUGCCCAGUGACCAACUGCAGCACCAUUGAAGGGGCACAGUACAGCUCCUGUGGUCCCCCUUGUCCCCGCUCCUGUGACGACCUUGUGCACUGUGUGUGGCAUUGCCAGCCGGGCUGCUACUGUCCCCCGGGCAAGGUACUGAGUGCUGAUGGGACCAUCUGCGUGCAGCCCAGUCACUGCAGCUGCCUGGACCUGCUGACGGGGCAGCGCCACCAUCCAGGCACUCGGCUGAUGAAGCCUGAUGGCUGUAACCACUGCACCUGCAUGGAGGGGAAGCUCAACUGCACAGACAUGCCCUGCCAAGUGCCUGGAGGCUGGUGCCCGUGGUCAGAGUGGACAGCCUGCUCCCAGCCCUGCAGGGCCCAGACAAGAACGCGCUCCAGGGCCUGCAUCUGCCCUGCUCCCCAGCACGGGGGUGCCCCCUGCCCGGAGGAGGCAGGGGAAACAGGAGUGCAGCACCAAACGGAGGCCUGCCCUAACUCCACUGUGUGCCCAGUGGAUGGAGCCUGGAGCCCUUGGGGACCGUGGUCUCCCUGCGACAUGUGCCUGGGGCAGUCCCACCGGAGCCGGGCGUGCAGCCAUCCUCCCCCCUCUGACGGAGGCAGGCCUUGUCCUGGGGGCCACCAGCAGAGUCGCCCUUGUCGGAACAGUUCCGCCCCGUGCACAGACUGUGGAGGGGGACAGGAACUCUUACCUUGUGGGCAGCCUUGUCCUCGCUCCUGCCAGGACCUGUCCCUUGGCACCAUGUGCCAGCCAGGCUCAGCGGGCUGUCAGUCUGGCUGUGGGUGUCCCCCAGGCCAGCUCUCCCAGGAUGGGCUCUGUGUGCUCCCAGCUGAUUGUCACUGUCACUUCCAGCCAAGAGCCAUGGGGAUCCCUGAGAACCAGAGCCGGUCAAUAGGGUCCACACUCAGCUCCUGGGAGAGCCUGGAACCCGGACAGGUGGUGACUGGGCCCUGUGACAACUGCACCUGUGUGGCAGGCAUCCUGCAAUGCCAGGAGGUGCCCAGCUGCCCUGGUCCUGGGAUGUGGAGCUCCUGGGGGCCCUGGGAGACAUGCAGCGUCUCCUGUGGGGGAGGAGAGCAGCUACGUUCCAGGUACUGUGCGAGACCUCCCUGCCCCGGCCUGGCCAGACAGAGCCGAACUUGCCACACCCAGGUCUGCAGAGAGACAGGCUGCCCACUGGGCCGACUGUACCGUGAAUGCCAGCCCGGCGAGGGGUGCCCCUUCUCCUGUGCUCACAUCACGGGGCAGGUGGCCUGCUUCUCAGACAGCUGUGAGGAGGGAUGUCACUGCCCCGAGGGCACCUUUCAGCAUCGCUUGGCCUGUGUCCAGGAGUGCCCCUGUGUGUUGACAGUCUUGCUGCUGCAGGAGCUGGGGGUGGCCAGCACUGCCCCUGGGGUCAACCCAGUUCUUCUGGGAGAUGAGGGCCAGACCUUUAGACCUGGAGAUGAGCUGCACCCAGGCCAGAAGUUCCAAACUGUCUGUGGUAACUGCUCCUGUGUUCACGGGAAGCUGUCCUGUUCUGUGGAGGAAUGCUCCAGGCUCCGUGGCAGUGUCGGUCCCUGGGGCACGUGGAGCCUGUGUUCCCGCUCCUGUGGUGGGCUGGGUACCCGCUCCCGAACCCGCCAAUGUCUGCAUCCCACACUUGUUCCUGGUGGACUGGGUUGCCAUGGGCCCCUCCAGGACCUGGAACACUGCUUCAGCCCGGAUUGCCCUGGGGCUUUAGGGUCCACAGUGGAGCCGGAGCCGGAGACAGGCCUUGCAGGUGGCUGGGGCCCAUGGUCGCCAUGGUCUCCCUGUUCCCACAGCUGCACAGACCCUGCUCACCCUGCACGGCGCAGCCGCACACGUCUCUGCUUGGCCAACUGUACAGCGGGGGAGUCCUCACAAGAGCGCCCCUGCAACCUCCCUUCAUGUACAGCGCUGCCCCUGUGCCCUGGCUCUGGCUGUGUGUCGGGGAACUGUUCCUGGACAUCCUGGGCCCCAUGGGAGCCUUGCUCCCGCAGCUGUGGGGUGGGUCAGCAGCGUCGCCUACGCGCCUAUCAUCCCCCUGGGCCUGGUGGACACUGGUGCCCCGACAUCCUGACCGCGUACCAGGAGCGCCGCUUCUGCAACCUGCGUGCUUGUCCAGUGCCUGGGGGCUGGUCCCGCUGGAGCCCCUGGUCCUGGUGUGAUCGCAGCUGUGGAGGGGGCCGAUCCCUGAGAAGCAGAAGCUGCUCAAGUCCACCACCCAAGAACGGGGGAGCAUCCUGUGUGGGGGAGAGGCACCACAUCCGGUCCUGCAAUCCCAUGCCUUGCGAGGAAGGCUGCCCAGCAGGCAUGGAGAUGGUGAACUGUGCCAACCGCUGCCCGCGCAGCUGCUCAGACCUGCAGGAGGGAGUCACGUGUCAGGACGAGGCAUGCCAACCGGGCUGUCGCUGCUCUGAAGGGUUUCUGGAGCAGGAUGGUGGCUGUGUGCCAGCUGGGCACUGUGAAUGCACAGAUGCCCAGGGCCGCAGCUGGGCCCCAGGGAGCCAGCACCAGGACGCCUGCAACAACUGUUCUUGUCGGGCUGGGCAACUCUCCUGCACUGCUCAGCCCUGCCCACCUCCUGCCCACUGUGCCUGGAGCCCCUGGUCUGCCUGGAGUCCCUGCAGUCACUCGUGUGGAGCUCAAGGGCAACAGAGUCGCUUUCGGUCCUCCGCAUCAGGCUCGUGGGCCCCGGAGUGUCAGAAGGAGCAGUCACAGAGCCGACCUUGCCCCGAGGACCCCUGUCCACCCCUGUGCCUACAUGAAGCCCGCCUUCGUGCCCUGGGGGACACCUGGCUGCAGGGAGAGUGCCAGCAAUGUUCCUGCACCCCAGAAGGAGUGAUCUGCAAAGACACUGAGUGUGCAGUGCCCGGAGGCUGGACGUUGUGGUCCGCCUGGUCCCACUGCUCUGUCUCAUGUGGAGGUGGAAGCCAGGUUCGCACACGCUCCUGCGUGGUGUCAGCCCCUCAGCAUGGGAGCCUUCCUUGCCAGGGCCCAGACACCCAGACCCAGCAUUGUGGGCAGAAGCUGUGCCUGCAGCCGCAGGACACCUGCUCCUGGGGACCGUGGGGACCCUGUUCCCGCAGCUGUGGCACAGGCCUGGCUGCCCGCUCUGGGUUCUGUCCCUGUCUACUGACCAAAGAGGACUCCACCUGUAAUGGCACAUUCUCUCGCCUGGACACCCAGGCCUGCUACCCAGGGCCAUGCCAGGAGGACUGUAUGUGGAGUGACUGGAGCCGCUGGACGCGCUGCUCCUGUAAGGUCCUAGUACAGCAGCGUUACCGGCACCAGGUGCCAGCACCUGGCCAGCCUGGAGAGGGCGCCCCUUGCACACGUCUGGAUGGCCACUUCCGGCCAUGCACCAUUGGCAACUGCUCCGAGGACAGCUGCCCACCUCCCUUUGAGUUCCAGUCUUGUGGCUCCCCCUGUGCUGGGCUCUGCGCCACACAUCUGAGCCGUCGGCUUUGCCAGGACCUGCCGCCUUGCCAGCCUGGCUGCUACUGCCCUAAGGGCCUGCUGGAGCAGGCUGGGGGCUGCAUCCCCCCAGAGCAGUGUAACUGCUGGCUCACCUCAGGAGAGGGAGCUAGGGUGACCCUGGCCCCUGGCGACCGCCUGCAGUUAGGCUGUAAGGAAUGUGAAUGCCAGAGUGGAGAGCUGCAGUGUUCCAGCAGAGGGUGUGAAGGUCUUCUGCCUUUGACUGGAUGGUCAGAGUGGUCACCUUGUGGGCCCUGCCUGCCCCGAACUGCCCUGGCUCCUGCCUCCAGGACUGCCCUGGAGGGGUCCUGGCCUCUGAACACAUCAGGCCUGCCUUCAGCCUCAGUCACCCUGCUGGCUUCAGAGCAGUACAGGCACCGCCUCUGCUUGGACCCUGAGACCGGGAGGCCCUGGGCUGGAGAUCCUGCCCUUUGCACUGUGCCCCUCAGCCAGCAGCGCCUCUGCCCUGACCCUGGAGCCUGCAGUGACACAUGCCAGUGGGGUCCCUGGGGACCUUGGAGCCCCUGCCAAGUGCCCUGCAGUGGAGGAUUCAAGCUGCGCUGGAGAGAGGCAAGAGACAGCUCUGGAGGAGAAUGCCGAGGACCGUGGGCUCAAACAGAAAGCUGCAAUGUGGGGUCUUGCCCAGGAGAAAGCUGUGGGACUCAGGAAGCUGUGUUUACCCUUGACUGUGCCAACCAAUGCCCUCGCAGUUGUGCUGACCUCUGGGAUGGUGUUCAGUGUCUACAGGGACCCUGCAGCCCAGGCUGCCGAUGUCCCCCUGGUCAGCUGGUGCAGGAUGGACGCUGUGUCCCCAUCUCCUCGUGCCGCUGUGGCCUGCCCCCCAAUGCCUCACGGGAGCUGGCCCCCACACAGGUGGUGCAGCUGGACUGCCAUAACUGCACAUGCAUAAAUGGGUCCCUGGUGUGUCCAUACGUUGAGUGUCCAGUCCUGGGACCUUGGUCAGCAUGGAGUGAGUGCUCAGCUGUCUGUGGCAGGGGCACCACGGUACGCCACAGGAACUGUGAGGAGCGUCCCGAGGGUGUGCCAUGCCAGGCCCUGGACGUGCAGCAAUGGCAGGAGUGUAACCUGCAGGCCUGCCCUGAGUGCCCACCCGGGCAGGUGAUCAGUACCUGCGCCACUUUGUGCCCGAGCCUCUGCUCCCACUUGCAGCCUGGUACUGUCUGUGUGCGGGAACCCUGCCAGCUUGGCUGUGGCUGCCCUGGGGGACAGCUGCUCCACAAUGGCACGUGCAUUCCCCCUGCUGCCUGCCCCUGCACCCAGCUUUCCCUGCCCUGGCGCCUCACCCUACCCUUGGAAGAGCAGGCCCGGGAGCUGCCCCCAGGAACUGUGCUCACCGGGAACUGCACACACUGCACCUGUGAAGGUGGAGCCUUCGUUUGUGCUGUCACCGACUGUCAGGAGUGCCCUCCUGGGGAAAUAUGGCAGCAUGUUGCCCCUGGGGAGCUGGGGCCUUGCGAGCAGACAUGCCCGGAAACGAACAUGACACUGGCUUGGAGAAACUGCACCAAACAGGCUCCAGGCUGUGUGUGUCAGCUGGGGCACUUCCGCAGCCAGACAGGUCUCUGUGUUCCCGAAGACCACUGUGAAUGCUGGCACCGUGGGAGUCUCCACUUGCCUGGAUCUGAAUGGCAGGAGGCCUGUGAGAGCUGCCGCUGCCUUCAUGGGAGGAGUGUCUGCACUCGACACUGCCCAGGCCUCACCUGUGCUCAGGGCGAAGUGAUGGUGCAGGAGCCAGGGAGCUGUUGUCCCAUUUGUCAACAGGAUACUCGGGAGGAGGAGCCAGCCUCCUGCAGGUACCUCACAGAGCUCAGAAACCUCACCAAGGGUCCCUGCCACCUGGAUCAGGUAGAAGUGAGCUACUGCAGUGGACACUGCAGGUCCAGCACCAACGUCAUGACUGAGGAACCCUACCUGCAGAGCCAGUGUGACUGCUGCAGCUACCGUCUGGAUCCCGACAGCCCCGUGCGGAUCCUGCAUCUCCAUUGCCCGGACGGUCACACAGAGCCAGCGGUGUUGCCAGUGAUUCACAGCUGCCAGUGUAGUGCCUGCCAGGGUGGCGAUUUCUCAAAGCACUGACAUGCUCGGUUGGAUGCAUCCACUGCGGUCUCUCCUGGGACACUCUGUGGCACUCCCUGCUUCCUUCGGCGCCCCUUACCCAUCUCUGACCUGUGAACCAUGGUCUGGUGUUAGCAUAUUCCAAAUGAAGACAUGCUGGCAACUAAUGCUGAGAAACUCUCGUGAGCUCUCGUGAGCUCUCUAUUCCUGGUCCCAGCUGGAGGGGGAGUUCAGCCUGGACCUGAGCAGCACCUCUGGUGGGCUCACUAUGCAUUCAUCAUGGCACUCGCUGUGGCCUGAAUAAGCCCCCCCCCUCACUGCCCCAGUCUCCUCAGCUGUCGUAGGAAAGGGAUGAAUCUAGAGCCUGAGAGCUCCUGUAUUAGGCGUGAGUGUCCCCGGUCAUAUCCUUCAACCCCAUGGGAUUCCAUCACAAUACAGAAUUCUGGGACAUUCAGGCUACCCUCCUCUUGACAACAGUAUUAUUAAACUGUGAUUUAUAUGGUAAGAAACUAA